CAACACACCUGAAUGAAGAUGCUCCGCCUCCCGAGGUGUUGCGUUGUAAUCUGUUUAUCUGUGCUGUUCGGCCGGCGUCUAAAGGGGGAAGAGAGCUAAUCUCUAUGGGAACAUUAGGUAAUGCUGUUGCAUAACAUUUCAACUUCAUGAAAGCCAAAGAGCUCAGCUUUAACUCACAUUGCAGACAUUUGCUUCUCACUCAGGUGUGUUUUGUGUCAUCUGCAUCACCAUUACAUACUCUGUAAAUACAAAUACAUGUAUGUUUGUCGUGUGGGGUUUUCUCCCUCCUUGUUUUGAUGUUGGAGCUUUGAAUUGAUUGGGGCAGACCUAAAAUAAAAAAGGAUUAGAGAUCAUGACACCAUCUUAACCUUCGUUGUUUGAGGAGAGUAGGUGUGGUCUGGGAUGUACAUGAUGACUGCCCACUUGAUUCGUGGCUCAGAUGCCCCCCCUCCUUCUCCUCCUCCUCCUCACCUGUCUCUGGUGUGCUUGGCCAUCACUAUGCACUUGGCUGCUGGAGUGAAAGACGAGGAUACUAAGAUGGGUGUUCUUCUGACCUCAGCAUGUAAGUGAAUCUUUUCUUUUUGGGUCCUUCUGGACCAAAAGAGGAACUUUUUCCUUUUUCUUUUUUCUUUUUUGUAUAAUUUGCAACAGAGACUGUAGCCAUGUUUUGAUUCAAGGGAGCAGUUUGGACUCUUGGUAAGAGAAGUUCUCAUUUUAAUUCUCUUGACCUUCAGAAUCUCUAUGACUUUUCUUGAAUCCCUCCCUUGUUUCAGCUUCUUCGUAAUGCUUAAUUCUAGUCCAAGCAGUCAUUUCAUUUAGAGCCUUAUUCUUCCUGUAACUUUUUUUGUAUAUUAAUAUGUGUUAUGACUCAUUCAAUUUAUGGUGCCUGCUGCAGAGAUGCCUGGAGGUCAGUACCAGGUGGGGAGCACAAAGCUCGUCCACAGCCUCUACAGCCUGACGGACAGCUCUGACGGCGGCCCUGAGGAUGAGGACCCCGUGCAGCGCCUCACCCCCCUCCAACAGCUCACCACAGACAUGUGCAAAGAUGAGAAGACUAUCAAGGAGCUAAUCAUUGGCCGCAGGGUUGGGUUCUACAAGGUCCGCGGGGAGAUCGGCUAUGGAACCUUCUCCAGGGUCAAACUGGCUUUCCAUGCCCUGACUAAAGACAAAGUGGCUCUAAAGAUCCUGGACAAGAUGAGGCUGGAUUCUCAGGCCCAGCGUCUGCUUUCCAGGGAGAUUGUCAACAUGGAGUCCCUGCAGCACCCCAACGUGAUCCGUUUGUAUGAAGUGGUGGAGACACCAAGCCGCCUCUACCUGGUGCUGGAGUAUGCAGGGAGAGGCGAUCUCCACAACCGGAUCUACAAUGAGGGAAAACUGUCAGACAACACCAGCAAGAUCACCUUCGCGCAGAUCCUCUCUGCUGUCAAAUAUAUGCACAACCUCAACAUCAUCCACCGAGACCUGAAAGCCGAGAACGUUCUGUUCACCAGCAGCGGCUGCGUGAAGGUGGCCGACUUUGGAUUCAGCACGCGGGUGUCCAACCGUAACAACGCCCUCGACACCUUCUGCGGCUCUCCACCCUACGCUGCCCCAGAGCUCUUCAAGGACGAGUCAUACCUGGGGCCUCCGGUAGACGUGUGGGCCAUGGGGGUCCUCCUUUUCUUCAUGGUGACCGGCACCAUGCCGUUCCGUGCUGAAACCAUGGGCAAGCUGCGGCGCUGCAUCAUCGAAGGCAACUACACCAUCCCCCCCUGGGUGCCUGGCCCCUGCCAGCGACUCAUCAAGGGCAUCUUGAAGCCGGCCCCUGUUGAACGCUGCGCCGUCGACCAGAUGCUGGGCUGCGAUUGGCUGUUGCCUGUAGAGUUUCCCUGGUCGUUGGCACCCUCCGAACCGCAGAAUGCUCUGCAGAGCCUGCUGGAUUCAGAGCGUGACAAUGUUGAGGAUGAGGAGGAUGUGAAGAUCGAGCUGGAGGAGCUUGGCUUCACCGCCGAGCACCUACAGAACAAUCAGCUCAAAGACAGCCGCAACCCCGUCACCGGCGUGUACCAAAUCCUGCUACACCGAGUCCAGAAGAGGAGAGGCUGCGACUGUCCGCCGGUGGUCCGAGGGAUGGUGAGGGACCACAAGAGGGAGGGGCUCCGGGCCUACAGGGGCCUCAGGCACACCUCCAAGUUCUGCGUGCUUUCAUAGAAGGCUGAUCAUUCAUAACAAAGCUGGUCAUGCUUUCUACAUUUGCUUUUAUAGCAAAAUAUUAACAACUAGCAAUUUUUAAUAUUUGAUAUGGCUGCUGAUGGAAAAGUGACUUGUAGUUUGUUUUUUUUGUUUUUUUUGUUUUUACAGUUUGCAGCUUUUUAUCUUCCAUUAUGUCAAAUGCAACUUUUUCAGGUCGUCUACGAUAUAUGUAAAAGUGCCUGAUGAACUAAAGAAAGGACAGAAAUUAUUUUAUGGUAAAUAAAAGAUUGUUUUCCUCUUAAAUGAUCUGACUCAAAUGUUUUUCAGAGGCCUGGAAAUCACUGCAUGAGCUCAGGAAGACUUCCACAAAUGACUGUUUGAACACAGAUCACCUUGAAAUCCAUAAAUGCAGGUUAAAGCUCUAUCAUGCAAAGAAGAAGCCAGAUGUGAACAGGAUCCAAAAACACCACCAUCUUCUCAUUUAAAAUGGUAUGAGGCUAAAUCAAAAACGGUUCUGGGGUCAGAAGGAUCAAAAUAUUAAAUUCUUUUUAGAAAACAUAGACGCUAUG